AUAUGCACGGACAUCCUCUACCAACCACUGACAUUGCUGGACUGCCUACACACGUUCUGUGGAGGAUGUCUGAAAGAGUGGUUUACCUGGCAAGCCACUGCUGCAACGACCAGCAGAAACAGACACAACACCUCUCCGUACACCUGCCCACAAUGUCGAGAGCACGUCAGAGGCACCAAGGCCGACUGGAGGACGACGACCCUUCUAGAGGGCUUCUUGAAGGCAAAUCCGGGCAAGGGAAAGUCGGAUGAAGAAAAGGAGGAGAUGCGACAGCAAUACACACCGGGCGACAAUGUGCUGCCACCGGUCCAACGAGUGGAAGACACAGAUAGUGAGGAUGAACGGCUGCUUGCCGAGGUGCGCGAUCUCAGCAUGGCAAACGUAGAUCCCGAAACGGCACGUCGCAGAGCAGACAGAGCAGCCAGAAGGAGGCAGGAUCGCGGUCAGCGUCACACACGCCCUGAAGAGCUAGGCCGUCAGCAACAGCCAAGUCGAUGGAUAGCCCACCACGCAGCUCGCCAGCAAGAAGAAAGCGAGAGACAGGUCGAGCAUCAGCCGUCACUUCGGAGUCUACUUAGUGAUUCUGAGAUUAGCUCGGCAGAUGUGCAGGAGGAGAUACUGCAGUCAAUAUCCUCGGAAGGUCUUCUUGACGGCAUCGACAUUGAUCAUUUGACUCCCGCUCAAGAGGAAGAGCUUACGGAACGAAUAGCAGAAGCUUAUAGGAGACGGCAACGAAAUAGAGACAGAUCCAGAAAUCGUGACCGCGGUGACACUCAGCACGAACCUUCUCAGCCAGAGCCGAGGAGCACUGCUGAAGGCUCAGGGCGGCGUCAGCCCUCUCCUCCUCAGCAGACUCAGACACGAAGCAGGCCUCCUAUUUCGCGACCUCACUUAUUCGAGCAAACAUCUGCUGGUGCUGAACGUGGUCAGCGAAGAUCUACUAGCUCGACGAGCCAAAGCACUCGACAGUCAGAAGUACACGAGACCACAUCUAGUCAACCUCCACCAGCUGCGCGUUCAGCCACUGAUCUUUCUGUGCCAUCUCAGAGCAAUGGUCGCUCCACUUCACAGCCCAGAUCACGAGCCUCAUCCGGCAACAACAGGAGCUCCACAGAUCCUGCUAGUGUGAGAGACAACGUGCAGCGUGUUCACGCGACAUCGAACUCCCUGCGACCAGACAGCCACAGUACUACAGCAGCCUCUAGACCUCGAAGUCGAGAUUCGCAGUCUUCUGAGCCAAGCAGAAGACGAACAGGUCCCGCGACGAGCGAUUCAGUAAUAUCACGGCCACAGCCACAGCAUUCUCCAAUUAACUCUGGCGGUCUACAAGCAAGCACCGCAACGAACCAACACUCCGUGAGACCAGCCGCCUCAACAUCAGCGUUUGCGCCUGAACCAGUUUCGACCCUCUCGGACUUUCCGACGAUAACAUGUUCGCGCUGCCAGCGUCCCGACUUGGCUCAGAGUCUACACUACAAUUGUUCGAAGUGCGACUCAGGAAACUUCAAUCUCUGCCUUUCAUGUUAUCGAGACGGUCGUGGAUGCAAUCACUGGUUUGGCUUUGGACUGAUGGCAAUGUAUCGCUAUCACCGUGCUCAAGAAGACGGCUCUGGACAGUACUCCACAGGCUACGAGUACCCGCAUAUCCUAAGCCCACGAAAGUACAUCGAAAUAAACCAAUCCGCUUCAUCACAAUCAGCCCAUACCCACGAUCCCGAACUUCAAGAAGGUGCCUUCUGCGAGCACUGUCUCAAAUACACCAGCGACUGCUACUGGUACUGCGAAAUCUGUCUCGAAGGUUCCUGGGGCUACUGCAACACCUGCGUCCUCGGCGGCAAUCACUGCACGCACCCCCUCCUCCCUCUCGCCCACAUCAGCACCCUCCGAAACGCCCCCCACGACCCCUCAAAACUCGCCUUCCUCCCUGUCCCACAUCUGAAACAACACUCAUACGUCCUCCUCCCCGUCCUCACAGACUGCGAUAUCUGCCGCCUUCCCAUCCCACCGCGAGCCACAAGAUUCCACUGCUACACCUGUUCCCACGGAGACUACGACAUCUGCAACGACUGCUACAAUUCCCUCGUCGCCAUGGGAAAAAUCUCAUCGAAAGACGGACCGAACGGUUGGAGAAGGUGUUUGAACGGACAUAGAAUGUCUGUGAUUGGAUACCAGGACACGCCGUACGGAGGCGGUCAGAGGCGACUGACAUUGAGGGAGAUGGUGGGAGGUUGGAGAUUGAAAGAAGAAGGUAUGCCAUCUGGAGGCGAUGCUGUGCUUGUGGCUGGACGUACGGCUGUUGUUCCGCCGGACGGUGGGGUGGGGUAUAAGUGUUUGGCGCAGUGGUCGAGGUGGCCGAAGGAAGGGGAUACGGAUGAGUUGGCGUUUCCGAAGAAUGCGGAGAUUCGGGAAUGUGAGGAGAGGAAUUCGGACUGGGCGGUGGGGGUUUAUGAUGGGGUUGUGGGAUUGUUUCCUGUGAACCAUACGCGGAAGAUCUAA